UAAAUUCUCGCACCCAAUUUUGCUCCCUCUUCCUCUUACGAUCCAACCAUGAAAAUCACGAAAAAGAUUGAAGAAUGCGACAAGUCCAAUAAGAUUUGGUGGUCUUUCGAAUACUUCCCUCCUCGGACAGCACAGGGAUUGCAAAACCUUUUGGAUCGUAUAGAGCGUAUGAGGGGCUUGGGCCCUGAAUUUAUUGACAUUACAUGGAAUGCGGGUGGAAGAACGUCCGACCUAACGGCAGAGAUGGUCAAAACGUGUCAAGGUUUAAUUGGUCUUGAAACUUGCAUGCACUUGACGUGCACGAACAUGCCCAAAGAAAAAGUGGACAUUGCGUUACGGGAGGCAAAGCUGUCCGGUUGUCGUAACGUUCUAGCUUUACGUGGAGACCCACCUGCAGGGAAAGACGAGUGGGAAGCUGUUGAGGGAGGUUUCAUUCACGGCAUCGACCUCGUACGACAUAUUCGACGCGAGUAUGGCGACUACUUUGACAUUGCUAUCGCCGGCUUUCCCCAACAUAUGCUCCUGCCCAAAGACGAACGAGACCUUGAAAUGAAAUGGCUGAAGGAAAAGGUCGAUGCUGGGGCAAAUUUCAUCUUCACGCAGAUGUUUUAUGAUGUCGAUAUCUUCGUUGAUUGGGUCAAAGCUGUUCGUGCCCUUGGGAUAACCAUUCCGAUCGUUCCUGGAAUCGCGCCUAUCCAGACGUGGAAUGGCUUCAUGAAAGCGACCAGCCUUGCCAAGACGAGCAUCCCUCAGAAUUUCAUGUCUGCCCUUGAACCCCACAAGAAUAAUGAUGAAAAAGUUCGAGCUAUCGGGAUCAAGCUCGUUGCCGAGAUGUGUCGAACUAUCUUGAACGCUAACCUUGACAUCCGAGGACUUCAUUUUUACACCAUGAACCUGGAAAAGGCCACUAAAAUGUUAUUGGAAGAGUUGAACCUAGUACCAAGAAUCGAAACCUUGAAGCCUCUUCCCUGGAGACAAUCCCUCACACCCGGUCGGCGUCAAGAAACAAUUCGACCCAUCUUCUGGGCGAAUCGGACCAAGUCGUACCUCUCUCGUACGGAGAACUGGGACGAAUACCCCAAUGGGCGGUUUGGAGACUCUCGCAGUCCCGCGUAUGGUGAGCUAGAUGGUUAUGGGGUCUGGCUCAAACAGACGAAAGAGGAUGCGUUGAAGUUAUGGGGUGAACUGACCAGCUUGCACGAUAUCUCGGAAUUAUUUGCUCGAUUCUGUACUGGAGAGCUUGCGGCAUUGCCAUGGUCUGACCAGGCACCCGCAGAGGAAACUUUGACUAUCUCUGAAAAGCUAGCUCGGAUGAACCGAAUGGGUUUCCUAACGAUCAAUUCGCAACCUGCCGUCAACGGUGCCAGAAGUGAUGAUAAAGUAUUUGGAUGGGGACCCAGCAACGGUUAUGUCUAUCAGAAGGCAUACCUCGAAUUUUUCGUAUCACCACCUCUAUUGACCAUCUUACUUUCUCAAAUCGAACGCGAUCCCAGCAUUACCUACUAUGUUAUUAACAAGCGGGGUGACCUUCGCACCAAUACCCACUCCGAUGGGCCUAAUGCGGUGACCUGGGGCGUCUUCCCGGGUAAGGAGAUAGUUCAACCUACCAUCGUUGAAGCUGUCAGUUUUAUGGCGUGGAAGGAUGAAGCAUACGAACUUGGUCAGCAAUGGGCUAAAAUUUACGAUCCAAAUUCACCAUCCCGCAAAGUCAUUUCCGAACUCAUGGAAUCUUCGUAUCUCGUUAACGUCGUCCAUAACGAUUUCCACAAUCCAGACGCGAUCUUUAAGCCAUUCUUCAAGGCAGGUGAAGAGUACAUGGCAUCGAACCAAAUAAAUGGAGUUGCCGCAACGGAUAGCUAA